AUGAAUUUGGUACCGUGCAAUUCAUGCAAGAAUGAGAUACCAGAGAUACCAGCCGGCACACCAUUCUACGAAGUUGAUCAGCAGCCAAAAUGCAAGGAUUGCUGCAUUAAGGACGGUACAAAGUCAUCACCAAUGGCGCCAACACCGGCAGAGAAACCCGAACCGAAAACUGCUUCAGAACCGGUCCCUUGCAAGAAAUGCAACAGAACGAUCCCUGCUGGAAACAAGUUCUAUGAGGUUAACAAUGCACCAAAAUGCAAGGACUGCUGUAUUGUAGGUUCUUCUCAUUUGUGA